GAAGCCAGGUCAGAGUCUCGGAUCAGAGUAACCAUCUCCACGAUGGGGAGAAAUGACGGAUCUAUUUGGCCUAGAAUUUUUUUUCAUUUCGUUCGGGCUGACGAGUUUCCAGAUCUAUAUCCUUCUCCGCCGCCGACCCAUUUGAUUCAUUUGCUGCGGAAAUGAGCGUUUCAGUCGCCGAACAUUUUAUUUAGAAGGCCGCCGGCGACAAUAGGUGGCUGCCGGCGAUUCUCGCCGGCUAAUAAAGAAGGUCCAGGUGAUUUAGGGUUCGAUCGUAGAUGAGCAGCCUUCAAGAAAGUUGUAAUUCGGCGAAUCAUCCAGGCCCUUCGAAUGCAUCAGAGGAGUUGCAAAAGCUGUUGAGUCAACCUGGCAACAGAGUUUGUGCUGAUUGUGGGUCUCCAGAUCCAAAAUGGGUGUCCCUAAACAAUGGAGUUUUUAUCUGCAUCAAGUGUUCAGGCAUCCAUAGAGGCCUUGGCGUUCAUAUAUCUAAGGUUCUGUCAGUUAACCUAGAUGAAUGGACAGAUGAUCAGAUUGAUUCUUUUAUUUCUGGUGGUGGAAAUGCUGUCGUAAAUAUGAAAUAUGAAGCUUUUAUGCCUGGAGAUGUUAAGAAACCUAAACCAGAUGCUUCAUUAGACGAGCGUUUUGAUUUCAUACGGAGAAAAUAUGAGCUCCAACAAUUUUCAACUGUACAGACUGUUUCUUCAUCUAUAGUAUCAUCUUUUGAAUCACCUACGUCAAACAAUAUCCCCAAAAAUAAGUACUUUGAGAAGCAACAAACUGGUAUCCGUCGUGGUCUCAUUCAAGCAUUCAGAAACAGCUGGAGGAAAAAGGGAUCCGAGCAUAAAACAUUUAGGAAGAUGAUGGGCAUGGUUGAAUUUGUUGGCUUGAUUAAGGUGAACAUUAUAAGGGGUACCAAUCUUGCCGUCCGUGAUGUUCUAACCAGCGAUCCUUACGUCAUUCUUACUUUAGGACACCAAACAAUGAAAACAAGAGUAGUGAGGAGAAAUUUAAAUCCUGUGUGGAAUGAAAGUCUGAUGCUGUCAAUUCCAGAUCCUGUUCCUCCCCUGAGGCUGGAGGUGUUCGAUAAGGAUAGAUUGAGCACAGACGACGAGAUGGGGGUGGGUGAAAUAGAUAUCCAGCCACUGGUAGCAUUAGCCAGAGCUUAUGAGAACUGUGUUUUAAGCUCGUCGGAGCCGGCACAGGUCGGGAAAUGGGUGGCAACGGAGCACAGCUCGCUGGUGAGGGACAGCCUAUUCCUCCUGGUGGAAGGUAAGGUAAAGCAGGAGAUUUGCCUCAAGCUCCAGAAUGUGGAGAGUGGCCACUUAGAACUGGAGCUUGAAUGCAUGCCCCUUAGCCAAUGAUGAUACUUCUUUUUCUUCUUCUUUUUCUUCUUCUUCCUCCCAUUGCAUUUCAUUAUUGUUAUAAUUAUCAUUAUUUUUUAUUUUGAUUUUAAUUUUGAAGGAUUUUACAUGCAUUACCGUUCAUAUCCUGUGUAUUUAC